GCUGUCAAAGACAGACAACUGUCUUUCUCUUUUACAGUGGACCCACCUUUAGACAGUAAUCGAGUAAACUGGGGUUUUAAAAUUCAAGAAGAAGACGAAGGUUUUUACGGCUUUGGUGAAAGAUUUAACGAUGUGAACCAGCGAGGGGAGAAACUAGGGUGUUGGACGGAAGACGGAAGCUUCGGCUGGGGAAAAUUCGAUCCUCAUAUCAGGUUUCCAGGAGGUAAAACUAGCACCUAUGUUCCUAUGCCACUCUUUAUAUCGUCUAGAAAAUAUGGAUUUCAGCUGGACACAUUUUAUAGAUCUGAAUUUGAUUCUAAAACUGUACGAGAUAUCAUGCAUAUUGUUACAGAAACCAGUAGUUUUAACGCAACAUUAUUUGCUGGGAACACGGUUCGGGAAACAUUCCAAAUGAUGAUCAACAAGAACGGAAGAUCUUUAGUUCCACCUCAAUGGGCAUUUGGACCGUGGAAUCAGGUUUCGUCUGAAAUAUCUGGUGAAAAUGAGACGACUAGAGCUCGUCAGAUGCUGUUUGACCAGGAUAUCCCUUUCUCUGUUGUUGUUGAUACUGUUCAUUUCUUUCCUGAUGGCGAAGAUAAACAGAAGCAUGAAGCAGAAUUACUCAGAAACCAGCAACUUUUGGAGUUAGGAGUACCGUCCACAGCUUAUUACAACCCAAUGGUAACUACAACAUUCAAUGAAACGUAUGGUUAUGCUGAUAAAAUGGGUUAUUUUACUAAAACUACUGAUGGAAAAUCUUACCAGUAUGAUUAUUUGGCUGCACAUUUAUUCCACGUGUCUCAAGUAGAUUUCACUAAUCCUAAUGCUACAGCUUGGUAUACGCAACAUUUUCAGUUAGCUUUAGAUUUACAAUAUAAAGGUUGGAUGUAUGACUAUGGUGAAUAUACUCCACAUAACUCCAUUAACAGUCUAGGACAGACAGGUCUUGAAUCUCACAAUCAGUAUCCAUUGCUCUACCAGAAAGCCUGUUUUGAUUAUUUGACUCAGAAUAAAACACAAGAUGAUAUUUAUGCUCCAGACUACCUUUUUUAUGUCAGAUCUGGUUAUUUGGGUUCCCAGAAUUAUACCUGGGCUCAUUGGACAGGUGAUCCUUCAUCUGAUUGGACUGAUUCCAGUGGUCUUCCAGCACAGCUACUAGCAAGUCUAUCUAUUGGUAUAUCAGGAAUGCCGUUUUCUGGUUCAGACAUUGGUGGAUUUGAAUGGUAUACUGGAGCAUCAGCUGACGAAGAAUUGUGGGUUAGAUGGACACAGUUAGGAUGUUUCAGUGGCUAUAUGCAUGAACAAGGAAGGUUUACCACUAAUGCAGCACCAUCUUCUAAACUUUGAUGAUAAAACAGCUUUAAAGUACCCACAUCAGUAUAUGUUUGGUGAGAGUAUUUUAGUAGCUCCUAUUACCAAGCCGGGUGUAAAUCAGUUGGAUGUAUAUUUACCUUCUGGAGAAGACUGGAUUGAUGUCAGUUCUAAAUUAAUAUAUGAUGAAGUCGAUGGUAGAUUUAGAAUUUCGCAAAAUAACAUCAUACCUGGAGGAAAAUUAAUCACCAUGGCAGCGCCAUUAGAUACAGUGCCUAUACUAGUCAGAGCUGGUACUAUUUUAACAGUGUCCGACCCUAAAGUUCAGACAUUACGUCAUGCUAAUCAUCCUAAUGUUACAAGUAUAGAUAAAUGCUCGGUUUACCAUAUAUGGGCGUGGCCAGAUAGUAAUAACAAUGGUUUUGGUAGAGACUGGCAGGGAAACUUCUUCAAUAUCUCUAAUACAAGGUCAUCACAAGGUAAUGGUGGUAUAAAAAUAGAAAGUGCUGUAACUUCUGGUAACUACACACAAGUUGUUGGACAAAUAGCCAUCAACCCACCUGGAGUUCCAGGAAUGGUUCAGUAUAUAAAUGGGAAAAAUCUAACAUCAGUUAAUUCUUGGCAGGAUGUGAUCAUGUGGGGUUCAUCUAAUGUUUAUUUCUAUUCAGUUACUACGCGUAUAUUAUGGCUGUCUAUUCCAAAUGGUCACCUCUUUGUUGAUGUCUUUUAUUCAUAAAUAGUAUAUUACGGAAAAUGCUUUUAGCUUUGUUAACACUAACCAAUGAGCUUUUCUCCACAGCUCACAAUAAGGUUAACCAAUGCUGGAAUGAGGUGUCCACGAUCCAGGGUAUCAACCCGUGGUUUACAUUCCCGUGCCAAUUUUAGACUUUGGCUUUGACCUCACCAAUCCCUCCCCUGAAUUAUAAUAUUGCAGAUUUAGC